AUGGUAUCCACAAGACCAUCCCCCGCACCGCCCAAGGGCCGGGUUGCGUACCCCAAUGCGGCCAGCUAUACCCCAGGAGACGCCAGCAACUCUCCCGCCUACCUGAAACCGUUCUCCCCCAUCAAGCCGGUGACUUCGCGCGACUCGGAGAAGGAGCGCGCACAAGGACUCAAGACAUGGUGGAAGGGCUUCAGAGAGAAGGAAGCUGCCGAGGCAGACAAGCUAGCCCAUGACGGACGAGUGGUCUUUGGCGUGCCACUGGAAGUGUCCAUGCAAUACGCGUCUUCACAGGUCUCGGCAGAUGGGGCAGACGGUGCUCUUUACGUGUUUGGUGUCAUACCCAUUGUCAUGGCAAAGUGUGGGCUCUAUCUCAAAGAGAAUGCGACUCUGGUAGAGGGUACCUUUCGGGUUUCGGGCUCGGCCAAGAGGAUAAGAGACUUGCAGACAUUGUUCGACACUGGACCCAGUUAUGGCCGGAAUAUUGAUUGGAAGAAGCUGCCAUAUACAUCCCAUGACGUUGGAACCAUCUUUAGAAGGUAUGUUGUCUUGCCGGAACCGGCUAUACCUUACCGAUUCUACGGCGCCUUCAGACUAGUCAUGGAGAGGCAUCUUUCCCAGCAAACGGCAUUUGAAGAAGCGCUCGAAGAGUACAAGAACCUCAUCAAGGCACUUCCAGAGGUCCACCGCAAUCUGCUAUUAUAUGUGCUUGACCUCCUGAGCGUCUUUGACAGACGUUCCGACACAAACUUGAUGAAUGCUGCGAAUCUUGCACUCAUCUUUCAGCCGGGGCUGUUGUCUCAUGAGGAUCACGCUCUACAACCUCGCGAGAACGUCUUGUCGCAACAAGUGCUAGAAUUCAUCAUCACUCACUACAAGAGUAUCUCCGAGACCAUCGAGAUUGGCAAGCCGAGACAGAAGAGCGCCAAGAAGAAGCCACGUCGCAAGUCUAAGCCCGCCAAGCCGCAACGCCCGCCACUGGUCAAGGCCGAUACCGACCUGAUGCUUCCUUCCGACUCGGACGACGAGGCUCCUUCGGGUGGCUACUACGUGGUAGAGGCCUCUGUCAAGAAACCGCCGCUACCUUCUCCCGCCCCUCGUCCUCUGCCACCAUCGCUCGCGCAGAGGAUCAACUCUGAAAGGGUCAACUCGCCACCACCUGCUGCCCCACGCACAGUCUCGCUGAUGGAUCUCAUCGAUCCGUCCGACUCUGAUGAUGAUGUUCCGCCUGGAGGGUACGAGGUGCGCACAGGAAAUUUUGCUGCCACCAGAGCGGCCCUACUCGCAAAGUCUCAGCAGGCGGAGCUGGACAAGGCGGCGAGUAAGGGGAGCACUGGGCUGUCCCGUCGAAAGACUGUGCCUGCCAAGGUUGGUGCUGGACUGAGCAAGAGGCGAGCGUUGGCGGUCAGGGAAGCUCCGUGA